UUGUUGUGGUGGUGUGAGAGCGAGAGCCUCUCACACACGCGGAGAGGGAGAGGUGGAAGGCUGCGCGGUGCGGGGAGCCUUUUUGGACGCGGUGGAUUGUACGUGCGUGGGCAGCGAGGAUGCGAGGAGUUGGGAGGCAUAUUCGCUGGAUGUAUCGCAGCAUGCUCUUUGCAGCGUGCACCUGAACGCCGCCGGCGUUGCUGCUGUGCUGGAGCUCCCUUCCAAACGAAAGAAAAGCUUCGCUCCCCGCCUCUUUUAACGCGUGAUGCUGGGAGAAAAGUUUGGGAAGAUACGCAGACGAAGCCACUCCUCGGCAAGACCAGCACAAGAGCCCCGUGAUGACUUGAGGAGUCGUCGCUGAGGAUUCAAGCAGCAGCCAAGACGACAGAGCGAGAAGAUAAGACGAGGGUGGGAAAAAAAGCCUCCAGAAAAGAGAGCGAACCUUCACCAUGGCAGUCAAGUGCGGAGCGAUGGAGGUGCUGAUCCUGGCUGCGCUCUCGUGGAUGUGCGUGUGGGCCGAGGAGAAGAUCAUCUUUGACAGGCACUCCGUCUACUGGAACAGCUCCAACCCCAAGUUCUGGCACGGGGAGUACCGGGUGGCGGUGAACAUCAAUGACUACCUGGACGUCUACUGCCCGUACUACGAGGGCCCGCCCAGUCACGGGCGAAUGGAACGCUACAUCCUUUUCAUGGUCAACCACGAGGGCUACGCUAGCUGCCAGCACCGGCUGCGCGGCUUCAAGCGCUGGGAGUGCAACCGGCCCAGCGGCGCCGACGGCCCGCUCAGGUUCUCCGAGAAGUUCCAGCUCUUCACGCCCUUCUCGCUGGGCUUCGAGUUCAGGCCCGGACACGAGUACUACUACAUCUCAUCUCCUCAUCCGAACCACGUGGGCCGAGCGUGUCUCAAGCUGAAGGUGUAUGUCAGACCUCCUGGCUCGGGAUACGAUUCCCCGGAGCCGUUCCUGACCGACGGCGGUCCGAGCCGGAGAGCAGACUCGGCGACCCCUCUAGCCGCUCUAGCCUGGCUGCUGCUGGGACUCUUCUCCUGGCAAUGAACCAACUCUCCCUCUUCCUGGAGCUCCUGCCUCGGGAUGCCAGGCUGGGCUGGGCCGGGCAGGACAGGACAGGGCUGGCUGUCCCUCCCUCGAAACUCCCCCCCCCUCAGGGAAGCCCUUUGACCCCUGCUCGCCCCAUCCACCUCCCCUUCCCACCCCCACUUGUCGACAAUGCGACCACCAGCCACCACCACUGCCAGCCCCCCGUCCCCGCCCCCUUUGCGGGCCUGGCGAGUCUGCAGGGUGGACCAGAUUUGUUGCACUCUGGGAAAUGUCCUCUCACUCGUAUCGGGAUCUUCUUUGGAUGUGACGAUCGACCAGGUAGAUGUAGCCGUGGAUACGAUUCGACUUGUCAUCCAUCCAGGUCGGCCCGGAUGCACAAAACAGUUUUUGUACUCCCAAAGCCUGAAGCGCAAGUAGCCAUGCCCGCAUUUUUUUUUGUACAAGCUAAUCCAAUUGCCGUCGACUAAACAGAACCGGGUCACGCGAGUGCACGGUGACGACUUUAAGUAAACUCGUGGGUGGGCCGGGCGAGGUCUGGUGUAUAUUUUCAGCUGGGACGUCUUCUUGUCUUGUGUGUUGUUUCUAAACGAAAGCAUUUAUCACCGCCUGCUCUCAGCACGGGCGCAGUCUGCACUUGUCUUAGUCCAACGGGUCGGGUGACUUCCGGAACCAUGACUUUACUCCUGUAUGAAUGUACCACCGGUCACCCACCUCUUUGUGUAUGUGUUUCGUUACGACUGCGCUCACUUCUCUCAGACCGGCGAGGUCCAGGAGGGGAACGGGUUCUCGGGACCGGGAGGUGUUGUUUUUUUUUUUUAAAUGGCGGUUCGGGUCAGGGGAUGAAGAGAAGAGGUGGCGACACGCAAGUUGCAUGACCACUGUGAAACCUUCAGAACAAUCUUGUUUGUAUCGAUGCUCUAUUUUUUCAUGGGGAGAACCGGAAGCACUCUACCGCCACUCUCGGUCCUCCCGAGACUUUCUAAGAGGAUUCUCUCUCUUCACGCCGUCCACGUGGUAGUUCAGGGAGUAUCCAGAAUGGCAGAUCCGACGGACCCACUCGGUGAAAACAAACUGAACCAUCCGAGAGACUCAACCGGACCGCAGCGGACGUUGAUGCUUAUCCCGGUCUCGGCUCCUGAAACCUGGCUGUAGGGAAGGAAGCGCGUGGACUGUGGUGUGUGUGCUAGCUCCACAAACACACAUACACACAUAUGUACACACUUCUCACACACAUGCAGUCCUCUUGGGUAGCCUUCGUGGUUUGUUUAAUGUCAAAAGAUUGGGGCGGGGAGGUUGUUGCUGGGAAGGAAACAUGGAAGAGCAAAGCACUGUGAACACACACACACAUGCAGAUAAACACGUCAGUCUGUCCUCACAAGAAUUUAGUAGGAUUUCCUACAAAAUCCAGUUAGUAGAAAACUGACAGUUUUUACAUGGUAAUUUUAUGGAAAUCUCUUAUUUUAAAACGGUGGCAUCUUUCUGACAAGUUCAUGUCGGCCAUUUUGAUGGACUGUGAUUUAAGACAAGGCAACUUUCCUGACGCCAUUUCCCACUAAUUUCUUGUGAGUCGGGGAUGAGAUGUAGAAAAGCACACGAUACAAGGCACGCACACACACACACAAACAAGGGGAAGCACCUCCUUCCCGGUUUCCUCUUAUUUUUGUAGCAUUUAAAAAAAAAUCACUGUUAAGGAUUCCUGCGUGGAAUGCAGUGGUGGGAGGGUGAGAAUGAGAGUAGCCUGUGGAAGAUUAAAACAAACAAACAAACAAACAAUAAAAAUGAAAAAGACGCGUCUUUUAUCCCA